AUGUACAAUCCCAAAUACACUUUCUGCAGGCCCUUCAACUCGCACGAGGCGAUGCAGCGGGCCAAACGGAAUGUGGAGGAGCACUACGCUGUUGUGGGCACAUGGGAGGAUACAAACACCACUCUGACUGUACUGGAGGGCUACAUACCGAAGUACUUUGCCGGCGCCAAGGAAGAGUACUAUGCUCUGCGCAGCCGGCUGGGAAAUCUACGUGGAUACAAUGUGCAUGAUCGCCGGAGCAGCGAGGAGGAACCAAAGCAUGAAGAGGGACACGGACAUGGACACCACCACGAUCAUCACUCGAAGCAGCACCAGCAUCAGGUGCCUCACAAGGCGCACCUGCACAAGGCCCCACAUGACAAACAAUUGGCCCUGCCCGAGGAGAAGCCCCUCCAAGAUGAGGCUAACUAUGGGGACGAUGAAGAUGAUGAUGAUGAAGAUGAGGACGAUGCUGAUGAUGAUGAAAAGCAUGAUAGUAUUGAUGGCAUUGAUGGGUUCAAUUUGCAAGCCGAUUUACUGAACAAUACCAAAUACGCCGAAGUAGAUUUCGUGUUCUUCAAUCGCGUACCGAAGGUAGGCAGCCAAUCGCUGAUGGAGCUGAUGGCACGCCUGGGCAAGAUCAAUGGGUUCAACCAUGCCCGGAACAAGGGCGGUGCCCACGAAACCGUCUUGAUGAACAAGCAGCACCAAAGCGAUCUGCUUUCCGAUCUCCUAACGCGCCCCAAGCCCCACAUCUACAGCCAGCACAUAGCCUACAUCAACUUCACCAGAUUCCAUCUACCGCGUCCGAUCUACAUUAAUCUUGUACGCGAUCCCAUCGAUCGCAUCAUCAGCUGGCAUUACUACAUACGUGCCCGCUGGUACUAUCGCGACAUGCAGGCCAAACUGGGGGACAAGGCCCCGGCCAUGCCUUCGGACGAGUUCCUAGACAUGGACCUGGACACAUGCGUCCGCAACAAAGAUCGCCACUGUACUUUCAAUCAAAUGCAGAUCAAGAACGAAGCGGGUGAUCACCGUCGUCAGACUUUAUUCUUCUGCGGCAUGAAUCAGAAGUUGUGCAUGCCCUUCAAUUCGGAGAUGGCCAUGCAGAAGGCCAAGCGCACUGUGGAAUCGGAAUAUGCCGUGGUUGGCACCUGGGAGGACACAAAUAUCACGCUGGCCGUGCUGGAGGCCUAUAUACCACGAUAUUUCCGUAAUGCCAAGGUGGCCUACUAUCUGGGCAAAGAUCGUCUGUCCCGCGUUAAUCGCAAUAAUGUCACACGCAUCGUGAGCGACGAAACACGCCUGAUCCUGAGGAAGAAUCUGACCAACGAGAUCGAGUUCUACGAAUUCUGCAAACAGCGUCUGUACCUGCAGUAUGCCGCUCUAAGUCAUGGCAAGGGCUUCGGGGAAGACGACUAUCUGCUGGUGCCAGAGCAGCGCAACGACUACAACGAGGAGGAGUAUUAG